AUGUUAACAAGACUUGAGGAACUAACGAGUGUACUGCAGAUGGUGAAAUUAAAGAACGGCGAUUGUAGCUCUGCUGUAGCAGAAGAUAUAAGUACAUACCGUAGUGAAAUUACUGCUCUUUCUAAGAAAAUUACAACAUUAUUAAAUGUUAUACAAAAACUUCAUAACAACAUAGACCUAAUUGAAAAACAAGUAGACAAAGCUGAAUUAGAUUUUGGAGUAAACAAUGACAACAGAAUUAAAAGUUUCUUGAAGCCUUUCCUGAAGAGAAAUAAAGAGACUGUCCUGCCAACUAACCAAGUAUUAUCAUAUGAAAAAGUAAAUUUUGUAAGUGUUCUGGACAAUUUUGAAGAUCAGAAGCAAUAA